AUGGGAGAAAAAAAGAGCCUCUCAUUUUCCAAUAAUUGCAAAGGCCAGGAAUGUGCCACAGUGGCACCGAGGACCACGUGGCGGGACGCCCUACAGUGGCGCACGCGCCUCCUCCCCCUGGUGCCAGGGGGGUGGUGGGAAGCCGACUGGGAGAUCGCUUCGGCCAUCUGCCCAGAACCCAGGAGCUGGAGCAUUUGUGCCUUCCUGCGAGGGAGAACUGUGUGUUUUUAUCUUUGUCAUCUUAAAGCGGGCCUCCCAGCCCCUAAAGGCAGCGCGCGCCCCGCGUGCUGCGCGGGAGCCCUAGCUGAGCGGAGCCUCCUGCCGCCCCAGGACUGGAAAGGCGCUUCUAAAAGGGGGCGUUCCGCUCGGUCCUCUGCGCCGCCGGCCUUUGUCUACGCUCGCCCCGCACGGGGGCUGAGGAAGGGGCUUUUUAAAUGGCUUCCCGGAAACAAAGGGGGCCCAGGCGCCCGGCUUCAUUACGGGCUCAUCGGCCACACCGGCCGGCCCGCCCCUCGCCCGCCCCACUGUGGCCACCAUCGGGCCCUGCCUCGCUCUCGCUAG